AAAAGCCCAUUCAUCAUUUUAAAAAUAAUCCCAUGGAAUGAGCCCAAACCCUUAUGGAGUAUCUGUUUCUUCUCAAUAGCUCCCCAUUCUUUCGAGUUUCGAUCCCUCCCCUAUCUCUCUGUGAAUCUCGCGUUUAUUCUCUCUCUCUUCGGCGGCAGCAACAGUCACAGGUAGCCACACCAUCAUCUCUCUAGCCUCUCGCCCUCUGUCUCACUUCUCCUUCACAAAUUCUGGCGCGGCACGAAUUUGCUGUUACAGUAGCACGGCGCCGCCCUCGGCUCUAUUUCCCCCACUGAUUUCGCCACCUCAUCGGGACGAGUACAACCCUCAAGCCGCCUAAAGAAAUGGCUGAAGCUGAGUUGAAGUGGAAGAACACUGCCCUUCUUGUAAUUGAUAUGCAGAAAGAUUUCAUUUUUCCCGGCGGUCCGGUGCAUGUUAAAGGCGGCGCAGCUAUUGUUCCAAAUGUUGUUAAGGCUGUUGAAGAAGCUCGAAGCCGUGAAAUUCCUAUUAUUUGGGUUGUGCGCGAGCAUGAUCCAUUGGGGAGAGAUGUAGAGUUGUUCCGCAGGCAUUUCUAUGCUGCUGAUAAACCAAAACCGACUUCAAAGGGUAGUGUGGGUGCAGAAUUGGUCGAUGGGCUAGUCAUAAAAAACGGUGACUAUAAGCUGGUGAAGACGAGGUUUAGCGCGUUUUUUAACACGCACCUUCACUCAUAUCUUCAGGGUGCUGGAAUUAAUAAGUUAGUGGUCACUGGUAAUAUAAUGUUAAGACUGUUUUUUUUUUGGUCUAUGGUUUCUGUGAUUUAUGACAGCAUGCUUUUAAUCUGCUUGAUACCUUAUUCAGGCGUUCAAACUCCAAAUUGCAUCCGGCAGACUGUCUUUGAUGCCGUUGCAUUAGAUUAUCAUAAAGUCACUGUCAUUGUUGAUGCAACCGCUGCUGCAACACCUGAUGUACACAUUGGUAAAAGCUCGAAAACUAUACUCAACUGUUUCCUUGGGUGUUACGAGAAGUGUGUGCCCUUUGCAUUUGGAUUAUUUUAGUUACAAGAAACUUUAUACCAAAAGGGGCAAAAGAUACACACCGUAAUUUGGUUAUGGCUAUUACCUUACAAUCAUGAAUCCUUAAAUUCAAACUUUUGAUGAUUAGUGUUGUAAUGUCCUUGUAGGAUCUCUUUAUCUCGAGUUGAUAUAUUGGCUUCGUGUCAUAACACUUGAAGGCUGAAGCAACUUUUUAUCUGCUCAUUCAAGACAGUAUAUCAGAAAUAUAACGCAUGCCUUCACUUUUCUUCCAGCAAAUAUAUAUGACAUGACAAACAUCGGAGUGGCAACGCCAACCCUAGGAGAAUGGUGUAAAUUCGAAGAUUAGCACGUUUGGCUGCUGCUCAGCAAGAAACGUCAUGAGGUACGUCUUCUGUUGUUGACCUUUGUAGCAUCACGCAAACAUCGGGCAGAUGACAGUUUUAGGAGCAACUAUGCUAUUUUGCUUGGACAGAAGGCAUGUAUCAUGAUUUUAUGACGCCAAGAUCCUCUAUUGUUGUAGAGGAGUCUGUGUAUGUAACCUUACUGAUUUAUCUAUUAUAGCGAUUGUAUAAAUGCAUGAUUUUAGUGAGUUUGUAAUUUCUAUUGUGAACUUGGCGUAAAACAAGAAGCUUGCCAUGACCAUGAUAUAAGGCCAGGAAAUGCUGGCUGUUUUUCCCCAGUUAAAUAAAGCUGGUAUGUUA